AUGAUUGAGUUCGAUGAAAUUUUUGAAUUUUUAAGGGAAGUAGAAAAUACAUGUGAUAAUUUUAAUGAAGAAGAAGAAGAAAACGAAAAAAUAAUAUUAUUUAUAAAUGAGUUAAAAUCGUACAUUAAUGAUUUUUCUAAUUCCUUAAAAGAAAAAAUAAAUAAAUCAAGUGGUACAACAGAAUUAGAUUUAUUAGAAAAAAUUAAUAAUAAGAAAAAAAGUUUAGAAAAAAUAAUUUUAAAAGAAAAAAACAAUUUUAACAAUAUUAAAAAAAAAGGUAUCUUGUAUAAUAAUGAUAACAUAAGUAAUUUAAGUAACGAUAUAAAUAAUAAUUGUAUGAAUUAUGAUAAUUUAAAUAAUGAUACUAUUAAUAAUUAUAUGACUAAUAACAACUCAAAUAAUGUUGAUAAUACAAAGAAUAUAGAAGACAAUAAUAGCAAUCUUACCAUAAAAAACGUAGAAGAUGUUAAAAAUCAUUUUGAUGAAGUAAAUUAUAAUUCUCUUAAAAAUUGUAACGAAAAUUUUUCUUACAAUAAUGAUAUAAAUAAUAUUAUAAUAAAAACAAAAAAAAAUAAAGAAAAAGAGGAAACAAAAAAAUCCAUAUCAUUUAACUUAAACAACAUAAAUAUGAGUAAUCUAAAUGGAUAUAAUAAUAUAAAGGGGGUAAAAAUAGAAGAAGAAAUUACUUCGGAAAAUAGUAAAAAAACAUUAUUGACUGACGAAGAAAAGAUAUACACAACUAAUUUAGAAAACUGUCAAAUUUUAAAAGAUGAUAUUAUAAAAGAGUGGAGUAAUCAUAUAGAUGAAUAUGACAAUUUACUUUACGAGUAUACAUACGAAUAUAAAAAAAAUCAUGUUAGAAAAAAGAUGGAAAAGAAAAAUAAAAUUAAUUUUUUCAGUGAAAAUAUUGAUGAAGAAUUAUGUUUAUUAGCUCAAGAAAUGAAAGAAAAUGUUUUGACAUACAGAGAAAUAAUAAUUGAAGAUAAUAAAACUUUAGAAAAAGCUGCAAGUAAACAAUUACAAAAUAUAGAUGCAUUGGAAGAUGUAAAUAAAAAAACAAAAAAAAUGAACGAAGGUAAAAAUAUUUCGUUCUUUUUAUCUUUAUUAAUAAUUGCUAUUUCAAUAUUACUUUUUAUACUAACCUUUUUUGUUAUAGUCUUUCUGUAA